UCUCUCCAUCCCUCUGUCGCUCUCUCUACACUGCAGAAUCCAACCGUGGAAUCAUGCAGAUGCUGCUGGUCUCCCUUGCCUCCGCCGCGGGCUGUCUCGCUCCACUGUCUCUGCCCGUCUGAGGCUACCCCCGGAUUGCUGCUGCCCUUCUAUCUAGACACACAUAUCUGUAAGAAAGCCCUGCACGUGGGCGCCCUCUUCCCCAUGAGUGGGGGCUGGCCCGGGGGACAGGCCUGUCACCCAGCCGCACAGAUGGCCCUGGAGGACGUCAACAACCGGAGGGACAUUUUACCGGAGUACGAGCUCAGGCUGAUACACCACGACAGCCAGUGUGACCCCGGGCAGGCCACACGACACCUGUAUGAGCUGCUCUACAAUGACCCCAUUAAGAUCAUGUUGAUGCCAGGGUGCAGCAGUGUGUCCACGCUGGUGGCGGAAGCGGCUCGCAUGUGGAACCUCAUUGUGCUUUCUUACGGUUCAAGCUCACCUGCAUUGUCCAACCGCCAGAGGUUUCCAACCUUCUUCCGCACGCACCCCUCAGCUACCUUACACAACCCCACCAGGGUCCAGCUUUUCAAAAAGUGGGGAUGGACGAAGAUCGCCACCAUACAGCAGACAACUGAGGUCUUCACAUCUACUCUUGAUGAUCUAGAGGAACGAGUAAAGGAAGCGGACAUUGAGAUUACCUUCCGACAGAGUUUUUUCUCUGACCCGACUGUCCCUGUGAAAAAUCUUAAGAGACAGGACGCAAGAAUAAUAGUCGGCUUAUUCUAUGAGACCGAAGCGCGGAAGGUCUUUUGUGAGGUCUACAAAGAACGUCUCUUUGGUAAGAAGUAUGUCUGGUUUUUGAUUGGUUGGUACGCUGACAACUGGUUCAAGACACCAGAUCCAGCCAUCAACUGUACGGCAGACGAGAUGACCCAGGCUGUUCAGUACCAUGUGACCACAGAGAUUGUCAUGCUGAACCCAGAAAAUACCCGUGGUAUCUCCAACAUGACAUCUCAAGAGUUCAUGGAUAAGCUUCAAAAACGUCUUGGCAAAGCUCCAGAAGGAGUCGGAGGUCUACAAGAAGCUCCCCUGGCCUACGAUGCCAUCUGGGCUCUUGCCCUGGCCCUCAAUAAAACCUCUUAUGAGCUGUCCAAGAGAGGGUUGCGUCUCGAAGACUUCAACUAUAACAACGAUAACAUCAGCCGGGAGAUCUACAAAGCC